GUUAUCGGAGACGGAGCCGCCGGUCUGGCGGCGUGUCACUGAGCAGAGCGGCGUCACACGGACCGGGGCAGACGGCGCCGACGGUAGACGCCAGUCCGCUGCCCAGGCCCGGUCAGACGGGUCACACGAGGUCAACAGAGGUCAACAGAGGUCAACAGAGGUCAGUGGAGGUCAGUGGAGGCCGGUGGAGGUCAGUGGAGGUUACAAGAGGCCAGUUGGACUUUGCAAGAGGUCCACCUGGUCGCACGACGUCAGUGCCAAGUCAGUGUUGGACAAGACAUCCAAGGUGAAGGACAACUGAGGGGAAGCUGAAAUGCACGACUGUGAUAGAAACUCAGCGGAAUAGAAUCAUCUGAGGUGAAAAACUCAGAAGAAACCCGGCUUGGGUGAGACGAACCGGGUCCACAAUGCGGCAGAGGACGUCUGGCGACGGCUCGUCUCGCUCGCACGGUCUGAGAGUGUCGGGCCUCGGUGACCGGUGCUGUCAUGACCGACCUGUGGUGGCCGGGCUCCACGGGUCAGUCGGCGCCGUGCCGGGGGCCCCUCGGCCCCGGCUGAUACGACUGACCUGGCUCCUCCUGAUGCUGUCCAUGCUUUUCUCGCCAGCCUCGGCGGCGCGAAAGGUGCGCAGUCAUCACGGACAGUCAUGCGUCGGCGCGUGCGAGCCCGGCAGCCCGGGCAUCAAAGGUCUUCCGGGCAUGACGGGCCUGCAGGGCACCCCGGGAGACACUGGGCCGAUGGGCCUGCCGGGUCGCCGCGGACCCCUGGGUGAUCGUGGCCAGGAGGGUGACCCAGGAGAACGUGGCUAUCGCGGUGACAUGGGCGCGCCUGGAUUCUCGGGAGCUCCAGGAAUACCGGGCUUCAAUGGCGAACCAGGGCAACGGGGCCCACCGGGCCCGGACGGCUGCUGCUGCCACCCUGCCGGGCACUCGGGAGGGCCGCCGGCCCUGCCGGACUGCUGCCACCAUGCCGGCCACUCGGGCGGGUCGCCGGGCCCGCGCGGCCCGCCCGGGCCCCGCGGAGCUCCAGGUUUUGACGGUCUGAAGGGCCGCCCCGGUGACCCAGGGGACGGUGGCUACACCUCAGUGGGCAUCAAAGGAGAACCGGGCUCUGACGGCCGCGACGGUCUGCCGCAUGUCUCGGGUAUGUAG